AUACUGACGAAAUAGCCCCUGACAUGGGGUGGCCACUAGCAGCCCACAGUGGUGAUAUUUCUAUGGAUGACGAAGUCUAAGGUAUGGAGGACACAUCAGUACACUGACUGGCGGGCAAUAGUGAUGCUGGACCAGAGAAGAAUCCCUACAGCUGUGAAUAUUCUCCGAUGGAUCACUUCCAGGCGCCGACGAAUAUUAUAAUUGCUGAUUCCCAAGAAGAUGAGCAGGAGCCACCAGCAGAGAUAUACCUGAGUGUGUUAUGGCAGUCCGGCCAUCUCGCGGCUGCGUAUUAUAACUCUGCUGACUGCUCCAUUCACUUUAUGCCGGAUACUCCAGAGACAGAACAGCUCCGUCUGCUUAAUAGAGUGAUUUCUGAUCUGCAGCCAAGAUGCAUCGUGACCAGUGCGAAGCAAGACCAGAAUCUUACUGACUUCCUCCAGAUGCUGAACCCGGCUCCAGAUGGUGCAGCUGAUGGAAGAUUCAAAGCUGAGAUCUGUCUGUUUCCACGAGUGGACUUUGCGCUUCCCGUCUGUAAGCAGAGGGUCCUCUCAGGAAAUUUCUCUUUUUUGCCAUCGAACCUCACAGAGCCUGAGAAAAUUCUGCACCUCUCCUCCAUCAUACCCUUUGACUGCCCUCUAAUGGUCUGCACUUUAGGAGGAUUGCUAAAAUUUCUUGACCGGAGGAGGAUUGGCAUUGAACUGGAGGACAACAGUGUGGGAGUACCAGUCCUAAGUAUCAAGAAAUAUGUCAUGACUGACAUUGUAGACAUGGACCAAGAUACCUUUAGUGUUUUGCACAUAUUCAAAAGUGAAGCGCAUCCAUCUGUGUAUAAAAUGUGUUCCGGAGGAAAAGAAGGACUGAGCCUUUUUGGUCUUCUUAACCGAUGCCAGUGCAGGUGGGGAGAGAAUACGAUGAGAUUGUGGUUGAUGAGGCCUACACGGAACCAGGAAGAGCUGACAUCUCGCCUUGAUGUGAUUGAAUUUUUCAUGGCUCCGCAAAACCAGGAAACUACCAGCAACAUUCAGAGCUGCCUCAAGUACAUAAAAAAUAUCCCUCUGAUACUAAAGCGGAUGACCCUCUCCAACACCAAGGUUUCGGACUGGCAGCUCCUGUACAAGAGUGUCUACAGUGCUGUUUGCAUAGGAGAAAUAUGCCGCUCGUUGCCUCAGACUGUGACCCUGUUCAGUCGCAUCUCUUCUGCGUUCAGCGGUGACCUGCACUACAUUGCCAGCAUCAUUAGUAAAGUGGUGGAUUUUGAAGAAAGCCUAAGGGAAAAGCGGUUUUGCAUUAAACCACAGAUAGAUCCAACUGUAGAUGACAAGAAACGUCGGCUGCAAGGACUGCCAGACUUCCUAACCGAGGUUGCACGUAAAGAACUGGAGACCUUGGACGUUCAGAUACCAUCCUGCUGUAUUGUCUACAUCCCGCUGAUUGGAUUCCUGCUUUCCAUCAAGCGCCUCCCGUCCAUGCAGGAGAAGACGGACUUUGAGAUCGAUGGUCUGGAUUUCAUGUUUCUGUCAGGCGAUCGACUUCAUUACAGAAGUGCACGGACCAGAGAGCUGGAUAGCGUUCUGGGGGAUCUCCACUGUGAUAUAAGAGAUCACGAGACCAUGAUCAUGCAUCAGUUGCAGACACUGAUCCUGGAAAGGUCCGCUGUUUUACAAGAUGUGAUUGAUUACAUCGGGCAGCUGGAUGCUCUUCUCGCCAUGGUUGUCUCUGCUCGGGAGUACGGAUACGUCCGUCCUUGUUACACGUCAAACAGCAUCAUUAAUAUAAAGGAGGGCAGACACCCCCUUAUGGUAUUUUGCUCCGGAACUUUUGUCCCAAACCCAACCAUGAUUGGAGAAAAAGAGAGGAGGAUCAAAAUUUUGACAGGACCCAACUCAUGUGGGAAGAGUGUAUAUCUGAAACAGGUGGGUCUCAUUGUCUUCAUGGCUAUGAUUGGAAGUUAUGUCCCUGCCUCUUAUGCUGAAAUCGGCCCCGUCGAUGGAAUCUUUACUCGUUUACAGACACGUGAAUCUGUGUCUCUCGGCUUGUCCACUUUCAUGAUUGACUUAAACCAGGUGGCAAGAGCAGUGAACAAUGCCACUAGAAGUUCACUUAUUUUAAUAGAUGAAUUUGGAAAAGGGACCAAUACGGUGGACGGCCUUUCCCUUUUAGCUGCCACUCUCAGACACUGGAUAAAGCAGGACUCUUCCUGUCCCCAUAUAUUACUUUCUACUAACUUCCACAGUCUGAUUCAGCUGAAAAUACUCCCAGAAAGUCCCAUAGUGCAUUAUCAGACGUUUGAGUGGUGUCUGGAUGGGGAGGAACUCAUCUUUUUCUACCAGCUUAAAGAUGGCGUUUCUGAAGUGAGCCAGGCAGCCAGGGUGGCAUCAAUGGCUGGUAUGCCAGAAGAAAUCAUCAAGAGAGGAGUAGAGGUUUCAGAGCUGUUUCGGAGAGGACACGCCAUCCAAUGCCUUGAUCAAGCAGCUAAGCAAGAGAAAAUGGACAAGUGUCAGAAGCUGGUCUCCAGUUUUCUUAGUUUAGACCUUGAUGAUCCUCAGACUGACCUGCAAAAAUACUUGUCCGAUGAAGUCCUACCCUUCUCCACGAUAUGGUGAAUUGAGUAUUAGACUGAUGCAAUAGGAUUUCAGGCUCUGUAAGGAUCCUUGUUGUGUACAAGUGACGAGCCGUACCCUGCAGCAUAUGGUUAUAUCCGUUUUCCAGUUCUCCUUAUUUUUAGAAAAAUCUGAUUAGUAAAGCAGGCUGAGAUAGAUCGAUUGGUCCAAUCAGCAGGACUGUUAGGAUCAGUUUACCCAAUCAGCGGGGCUGCUUCAUUUGCAUAAACCCUGCUGAUUGGACAAAUUGAUUCGAUCAGC